AUGUCGCUAGAUAUAACAAGGGAUACGUUGUCACGAUACAAGGCUGUGAAGACGUUCACAGUUCAGGAGAAAGAGGUGGCACCAGUGACGUCUUUGUCAUUUGAUGACAAUGGUAAAUAUUUACUUACCGCUGCAGCCAAUGAUAAUAUGCAUCUUUACGACACGGUAUCCUGUAAGUUUCUUAACACAAUCGGGUCCAAGAAGUAUGGUUGUCAUUCAGCUAGAUUCACACACGCUCAAAACGAAUGUGUUUACUCUUCCACAAUGAAAUCAUUCGAUAUUAGACAUUUGAACCUCGAAACAAACCAAUACAUCCGUUAUUUCACUGGACACGGUGCCUUGGUUCAUGACAUACAGAUGAGUCCACUUGAUGAUACAUUUAUUUCUGCUUCGUAUGAUGAGUCUGUUAGACUUUGGGAUCUUAGAUCAUCGAAGGCUCAAGCCAUUAUCCCAAGUUUGGUUCCUAAUUGUAUCGCAUAUGAUCCUUCGGGCUUAGUUGUUGCACUUGGCAAUCCAGAAUCGAUGGAGCUAGCGUUAUAUAAUUUGAAACAAUUGGGGAAAGGGCCAUUUCUUACGGUGAAGAUCGAUAAUGGGUUCAAGAAUUGGAAUAAGAUGGAAUUUUCAAACGAUGGGAAAUAUUUAUUAUUAGCAUCAUCUUAUGGGAAACAUCUUGUGUUGGAUGCAUUCUCAGGGGUACAAUUAUUUGAAUUAACUGGAACUAAACCAUUCCCCUUGAGAGAAUUCAUGGAUACAGGGUCUGCAACGUUUACUCCAGAUGGCCAAUUUAUCCUGGGUACAGAUUAUGAUGGUAAGAUCGCCAUAUGGAAUCAUUCAGAUUCUAUAAGUAGUAGAACGCUGAAACCAAUUGCAUAUAUACCGGCAGCGCCUGACUCAUGUCCAAGAUCGAUAGCAAUGAAUCCUAAAUAUUCAAUGUUUAUCACUGCUGAUGAAAACGUUGAUUUUUAUGUAUAUGACGAGGAUAAGUAG